AUCUAAUGAGUCUUUGUGUGGCUACAGAGAAUGAGAGAGAGAGACUUUGGUCUUUUUAUAUUGAAGCAUAUGAAACCACAGAGCGGACUGAGACGUCUCUCUCGCCCCGGUCACCUCUCUCUCUCUAUCUGCUGCUUUCUGUUUCUCCCCUUCUCUUGGGCUCUGGGGGUCUCGAGUCACGGGGUGGCGAGAGCGAAAUGGUGGGCCCUCAUUCACCGGUUCUCAUCUGACAUUGAAUCGUCUCGUUCACAUCUCUCCGAGAGAAUUGGAGAAGCGAGGGGGAGGAGUUACAGAGCGGCGGACAGAGCCUCCCGGCAGACAUGAGUGGAAUUCUGAAGAGGAAGUUUGAGGAGGUGGAGGGGGCCUCUCCCUGUUCAUCUGUGAGAGAAUCUGAGGAAGAGGAGAUCUCCAGCACCGAGAGCGGAGACAGCAGCGACAGCGUCAACCCGUCGGCUUCACACUUCAACCAUUCCUCACCAGCAUCUUCUUCAUCAUCAUCGCACACACUACAGCGCACUGUGUCCAUCCUGAAGCAAGAGAAGCGCAUGAGGACGCGCAGGGUGCGCUUCGAGAAAGUGACGGUGUAUUAUUUCAGCCGGCGGCAGGGCUUCACCAGCGUGCCCAGUCAGGGUGGCAGUACGCUGGGCAUGUCGAGUAGACACAACUGUGUCAGACAGUACACGCUGGGAGAGUUUGCCAUGGAGCAGGAGAGAAUUCACAGGGACAUGCUCCGAGACCACUUGAAAGAAGAGAAACUCAACUCUAUACGACUGCGGUUGACGAAGAACGGCGCUGUGGAGUCAGAGGAGGCGAGCGCGCUCACGCUGGAUGACAUCUCUGAUGAUGAUCUAGACAUUGACAACACGGAGGUGGACGAAUACUUUUUCCUGCAGCCCCUGACCACUAAGAAGCGACGCGCUCUUCUGCGCUCUUCCGGCGUCAAGAAGAUCGACGUGGAGGAGAAACACGAGCUGCGGGCCAUCAGGGUCUCCAGAGAAGACUGCGGCUGUGACUGUAGACUCUUCUGUGAUCCGGAGACCUGCACCUGCAGCCUCGCUGGAAUCAAGUGUCAGGUGGACCGUAUGUCGUUCCCAUGCGGGUGCACCAAAGAAGGCUGCAGCAACGCCGCCGGGCGGAUCGAGUUCAACCCCAUCCGCGUUCGGACUCACUUUCUGCACACCAUCAUGAAGCUGGAACUGGAAAAGAGCCGUGAACAGCAGCAGAUUUCCGGCCCCGCCACCACGGCAACCGGAAAUGGUUUCCAUGGGGACCCGAACAUUCACUGCAGUCCGCUGACGACGAGCCAGCACGCGCUGGAAUACGCCAUCCCAGAUUCUGUGCCGCCGAGCACCAUCAUGCACCUGCAGGCGGGCGCCGACAUGGACGACACUCUAGAAGAGGAAGACGAUGAAGAAGAGGAAGACGAGGAAGAGGAAGAAGAAGAGGAGGACGACGAUGAAGAGGACGAAAAUGAAGAUGAAGAUGAGAGCAGCAGUCUGUGUAGUCUGUCCGACUCCAGCACGCAGAGUCUGGCGAACAGCGACUCGGAAGACGAAGAUGACGAAGAUAAGCCUGGAGAGUUUGAGGCGGGGUUGUCGACAGCGACCACAUGCGGCAAACAGGCUCCGCCCCCACCUGUGAUGUGUUACACAGAGAACACAGUUGCAUCAGAAAACCAAACAAAUGGCAAUUCUUACUUCAUGAGCUCUACCCCAGAGUACUAUACUAUGAAAAACGUGACUCCGCCCACCCUGCUAGCAAACGCUAACCAAGCUAGUGAGGUUUACGGAGGCGACACGACCUCAUAUCAAGACAGGGUCAAUGACUCAAGUAAUGUCAUGUCUCAGGGUCCCUUUAAUGUGACCUCUGACCAAUACACAGACUACACCCAACAAAGCGAACAGCCAUAUUCCACUCACCACUUCACAGCGCACGCUAACGGAUCCACGGCCGUGAUUGGCUGCCGCACUCCUGAGGUGGAUAAAAGCGUCCAAUCCAAAGGGACCUUCGUUAGCCAAUCGGGAGAGCUGAGCCAGAUGGAACUCCAAAAUUAUCUAAACAACAACAACAACAGCACGCAGGAUGCUUACACUAGCAACGGGAACUGUUAUGUAGCUGAACAGCCAAAGGAGAUGGGUCACAAUCUGCCGGACGUUUCAAUAGCCGACAACACGAAAGGACCAGCUUUACUGGAUGCUUUCCCCGAGCCCACCCCGGUUUAAGAUCGACCUUCAAAUAUCCGGUCUAAAGCUGGGGGGGACGGAGCCGUACAUUUUUAUUUUUUCCCAGACUUUGCGAGAACAAAUGUUAUAUAAACCGUAAAAUCAGAUCGUAUAAGCUUUAGACGUGGACAUACACCGCGCAAGCGCGUCAACGACGGGACCACGACGUUGCAUCUGCAUACUUGCGUAAAAAGUACGUUCCCUGCCUGAGGCUCGUGCAAUGUUUCUUGCGAUUUCAAAAGUUCUAGUUUUACUCAGACGUGAAAGGAACUUUUCUAUGUAUCUGUGUUAGUUGUGCGGGGGGGAAACUAAGUAAAAAUUGCUGUUCGUGUUCCAGUACGUGUAUAUCUAAAUGUUUGAUAACAGCAUGUUUUUUUAGCUUUCAGGGCUGGUUUAUGGUUUCGUAAGAGUUCGAUGUGCCGUAAAAGAGAAAAUAAUAACGUUGAGUUUUCGUACACAUGUAUCAUGCGCUGAAAGAGUUUGUGGAAGCAUGAAAACGGCUCUUGAAAUACGCGCUGUUCAUUUGCCUUUGCUUGCGAAACCAAAAUCAUGUUAAGUUGUGGAUACAUUUUCUGAACGUUAUUGCACUUUUCCAUUGGCUGAUGUUACGCGGGAAACUUAACCGAUCGCUGUUGAGCACUGAGGGGGCGGGGCUAUCUGAAAACGUUUUCAUAAUGGAUAUUAUCGUUUUUCGUACGAAAUACUCUUACAAACUGAAUUUAAACAGACUGUGCACGCAGUUUAAAAUAAUUUGGGUCGUAUGCUUUUCCAAACACAGCUUUUGAUCUUAUGAUUUUGUGAAGUCUCUAGAUUUGGUGGAGACGUGAUUUCUUUCUGCAAUACUAAAAGGAAAUUAUCUGUCUGCAUUUGCUUUGAAACGGCAGACGAUUUGUUAGUUAAGAGAACUUUGUAAACCAGAUUAAGAUGAUAACAAUGGUGAAUUCAGAAGUCUUUGUUUUAUGAAAGUCUUGCAUUGUCUUUGGGAUUAUACAGGGAUUUCUGACAAAAUGCACUUUGCGUCGAGUUGCUGCCAUCGAAGCAUUCCAUUUCCUUCAGGCAAACAUGAUUUUUAAAAGUGUUUCAAUUAUCAAUAUUCUAUACGACAAUGGAAUACUAAUGUUAGGUUUGUAAAAGUUCGCGGAGGAUUUUUAAUCUGAACUAAUACUAAAAUAAAUGUUUUAUGGCAUGACAUUUGUUUGCUCAAGAUAUUACAAUUCUUCAGUCAUCUCAUACGAAUGAUACUCGGACUAAACAAACUGAAAAGAUGAAUUUGUUAAGUGCAAUAGUUUACUCUGGUGGCUCACAUAACAUUCAUUGCCCAAGUAGAGAUGUGAUCUCAAGUCAGCCAUGUUGAAGAAACAAAAGAAAAAGACCAUAAGAGUUAAUUACUACUAUUAACAUCUAAUGGAAAAAGUAAAAUAACAGCAUGUUGGUUUUGGAUGAGAUGAGAUUCUUCAGAAUUUAUUUUAAGGUGAGCGUUUCUUUUAAAGCACUGACGGGUUUAGAAAUUAAGCUCUUUGUAAUGCACAGGCAAACAUUACGAUGCAGCCUUCGGUUUGUUUAUCCUCUUGAAAGAGAGAGAGUCAUUGUCUACUGAUAAUGUCCCUCAAGCUCAAGACAGGACAAUCAAAUGCCUUUGUAUGUCAUCGGCGUACCUCAUGAUGUGUAACAGAAAUAAUCUGAUUCUUAAAGGUGAAGUGUGUAAUAUUUCUGCAAUAUUUCUAGACUUUCAACCGCUCCAGGGCAAAUUGCAACUAUAAACGUUAACUCAUUUUAAAUGAAAGACAUCUUUUUGUCAUUGAGGGGUUUGCUGUAGUUUUUGCAGCAGGUUGCCAGUAACUUACUGUAGAUUUAAUGACUACUUAAUAUACUUUCCUAUUAGUACUGUUUUCAAUCACUUUAAUCAAAAUUAAAACACUUUGACAUUUGAGAUUCAAAAUGAGCAAGAAGAGACUGAUAUUGUCACAAUAACACUGCAAAAUGCAAAAAGCUUUCCUCUAGCUCAGUGGUAAGAGCAUUGCGUUAUGGGUUCGAUCCCAGGGGAUUGUAAAUAAAGCAAUGGAAGAUAGCGCAGAUAUAACACGCUUCACCUUUAAAGAUGCCUGAAAAAUAACUGGAGAGAAAAUGAAAUGCUGAAUGUUUUAAAGGAAAGAUGUGAUUGGAAUACUGCCUUGGCUUUAGGAAACGAUGACUCCACAACAGAGAAUGCCUUCAUUUUGUAAUUCAUUUUUGCAUUGAUUGACAUACUGAGAAGGCAAAGUCUGUGUGUUUAGCCUUUUAAAAUUCAUUUUCUGGAUGCAGGAAAUAAAUUUGUCUCCGAUUCACCUCGAUACGCGUUGCUGGUACGAUAAACCUCAGUCUCAGAUGAAGUACGGAAUAUAAAACAGAAAUGUACAAAUGUGAUGUCAGUAAGGCGUUGAACAGGAACCCUUAUGUCAUGCUACCAGUUAGAAUCACAGUUCUCCUGUUUUAAGUAUUCCUAUGAAUGAUCUAUUAUAUGUGUAUUUAUUGUUCGUUAAUUAAACAGUAUGUAUUGAAUAAAACUUCUCUUUGUUAAAGAUGCUAUUUGUUGUGUAAUCAAAGCUUUUGAAGCUUUGCAAAGGAGAUUCAAGUUUAACAGUUUUAUAGACCACUCAAUAUUUUCCAUAAAAAAGAUAGAUAGGCAUAAAAAUAGAAACAAAAUUAUUAAAAGCACACCUUUCUGCAAUUUCCAACUCUUUGUAAGUUUACUGUGACUCUGAAACACACUCCUUUAAAAAUGUAACAACUUUUACAAAAAUAUGCCACAAAACCUCAAUUCACGAAACGUACCAGUGAUUUCUGACAGAUGUAAACACUUGAUUGCAAUUUAAAUAGAAGAGAUCUUUUUCUGCUGUUUUGUAUCGCAUUAUAGAGACAUUCACAUAAAAUAAAAAAUUCUGUCAUCAUUUACUCACCCUAUGACUUUAUUUUUCUCCACAACACAAAAGAAGAUAUUUUGAAGAAUGUUAGUAAGCAAACAACACUGAAACCCAUUGACUUCCAUCGUAUGAACACACAGAGACAUUUCUCAAAAUAUCUUUUUUUGUGUUGCACAGAAGAAAUAGUUCAAUACAGGUUUUAAAUGAGGGUCAAUAAAUGGAUUUGUUUAUGUGUGGGUGAACUGUGCAAAUGUUCGGAGCACAAAUACCUGUAGAACAGCGCCCCCUUCUGCCAUUCUGUGACAUUGACUGUAUGAGGGUCACAUGUCACAGAAUAUGAUCACAUGUUCAUUCUUAUCAAAUAUUCAAGCAACUCAACACCAUAUCAACAUUUACAUAAAGAUCAAACAGAAACAACAGUCAUAAAAUAAUAAUAAUAAAGAAAAUCCCACAGUUUGUUUCCUAAACAAAGAAGGAGUUCGUAAAUAGGGCCAUUCCCCAUAUGCAGUACAUUGAAAUAUGUUUUACAAAUAUGUCAAAUAUCUUUCUCUGAGAAUUUAAUUAAAAAAAAGUUAAUUCAAGUUUUGAGUGGCACGUAUUACUCCCAAAAACAUUUAACCAAAAAUUACAAUUAGGGGUGUCAUAAUAUAACUGCAUUGAAAAUAAUCGGAUAAUAAAAAUUAUUAUUAUCUACAUAAAUAUUAAAGCUAAACAAUAAACAUAUAAUAAUAUUGUGAAUAAUUCUGCACCUGUUGAUCAUUUUGCAUUAAGAGCCUCAGUGGUUACAAACUCUCUCUCUCGCG